AUGCUUAAUGAGGGCGACUUCUGGGAUGUGUAUUGCGUAAACCCCAACAGCUACGUACCUACCGACAAGUUGUCGCUGCUUGUCUUUCAAGCGAUGCUGUUCUCUUCUUGUAAUACCAUCAAGACCUUGGGCUUUUCUAGCAUCCGCGCUGCACGGGCAGCCUUCUACCGACGCGCGAAGCUCCUCUACGACCUCGAGUCCGAGUCUUCUCCUCUCGCCAUCUCACAAGCGGCUCUCCUACUUUCUUUCUGGUCUUCUCCCACAUCUCCAAUCUUCCGCAAGUCAAAUACUGCAUGGCUUUCCAUUGCGAUCCAGAACGCCAAGAUGGUCGAGGCGCACCACUACGCCACCCGUACAGCGCCCCCGAAGAAACGCAACCUCCUCAAGCGGCUCUGGUGGUGCUGCAUUAUACGUGACCGCAUCAUUGGUCUGGGCUUGCGUCGUAGUUUGCAGAUUACCCGGAGUCACUUCAACUUUGACUCGAACGAGGCACUAGGGUUUUCAGACUUAUCUGAUGAGCUUGAGCGGAGUCGGGUGUACAACCCAGGUACGAAGCGGUGCUUGGCUGAGAUCUUGGAGCAGUUGGUUGAGCUGUGUGUUGUACUCACCGAUAUACUAAUUUUGGUAUUUCCACUGGAUGAUCGACCAGGUUGGGGCCGGGAGAUGCGCGCCGAGGAGCAGGAUAAAGUCCGUGGUUGUAAGGCUGCGUUACAGAGGUGGCACAAGGGCGUGGCGCUGCGAUUUCCUAUGUUCGGAGGCGGCUCUGUUGCGAGGGUGAAGUCUCCCGGGAAUGAGUUCCAGCAUGACUCGGUGAUCUUGUACACCAACUUGAUGUACAUGUAUUAUCACUCGUCUCGAGUCGUCCUGAGCCACCACGAGGUUCUCCACCUCGCUAUCACUGCCGCUGCACCGUCUUUCAACGCGAUCCCUACAUCGGACCUAGUUAUCAUUGGAGAGAAUCGACACGAACUUCAAGACGCCGCAUCAGGGGUUACCGAGUGUCUCAAGGAACUUAUUCAUCUCCGCCUCGCUCGCUGGUUGCCGAUCAGUGCCGUCGCCUGUACUGCUUUGCCGUUAGUCUUGCAUAUCCUUGACGUCAAGCUGUCAGCAUCAUCGAGAUCCUUCGACCCGAACACGCAGUCAGCACUCAAACAACACCGUCUCAAUAUUCUCAUUGAGGCCAUGAAGACCUAUCAGCCACAGUACGAUGGCGUUGAUUGGGUCAGCGAAACGAUCCGGCACAUUGUCAACCUUGCACAAAUUGAUUCACCGCCGCCGGGAGAAUCCAGGAACACCGACGGUAGCGCUGUUAUCGCAGACUGGACCGACAUUCUCGCCUCCCAGCCAAGCUCAUACCUUCGCCUCGCACUCACCAUGGACCUGUCUUUGAGCAAAGGACGUCUUCCCGAAGACGGAGACUUUCCCGUCAGUCUCCGGGGACUCUUCACGGAGGGCUUCAAUCCACUCAAAGCCCUUCUCGAGCGAAAACGAGAGGAUAGCAGAAACAUGAGUGUGGCCUUGUCCGGAAACGCGGAGUCGCUGACAGACUUUGAUGCCGCGGCGAUGCGUGUCAACCUCUUCCGCAUGCAGCCGGGGACGGUAAAGGUCCUUCAAACUGAUGAGGACACCACCUCGCCAUCCUCGGCGGGAGGGGCUAGCCAAGACAGCGUGACAGACGAUACAUCCCCCCGGACCGCCGAACCAGAGUACCAAGCCACCGUCGGAAGCAGUGCUGGCGGGGACGUGGACAUGGCAGACCGUCCACCGUCAGAAGGUAUCGACGGUCUGGCAGCCGAGGUCCUGGCGGCGUUUCCUCUGGAUGAGCAGCCGGGUAUCGUGGAUGAAGACUUUGACGGAAUGUAUUUUGACGGGAUGCCCGGGCAUGAUGGGCCUGCGGGAUGGAUCGAGUCGGCGUGGAACGAGCUAACGAAUGGGCCGGGCGAGGAGCGUGCAGACCGGGAUACGGCAAGGGUUUUGCUUGAUGCACUAAGGGAAGGGGAUUUGGCUGAGUGUGCGGCUUAA